AUGCCUUCUGCUGUUGCGCAACAACAGUCAACUGUGCAACUCCUUCCCAAGAGAUUUGCCGUGUUGAAGCAGAGUCUGGUCAAACCAGAGCAUCGUGAACAGGUCAUCCAGUCAUAUCAGUCUCUCGUGAAGGUCUUGGAGACGGAGACCGCUCGCAUCAAAGAACACGGCUCCGCUCUAAUACCAGAGAUUGAGUUCGAUGUGGUCAGAAAAAACGGCGGCUCUCUCCCUUUGGACUUUGCGGAACUCGUGCGUGACCGCGGCUGCGUCAUACUCCGCGGCGUGGUGAGCCAGCAACAGGCGUCUACAUGGGAGGCGCAGCUCAAGGACUACGUGCGUCGUCACCCUGGGGUCGGCGGCUUCCCACAGCACCGACCUGCCGGGUGGAACAUCUUUUGGACAAGGCCUCAGGUGGAGAUGAGAUCGCAUCCGUCCGUCAUAGCGGCCAUGAAGUGUGUCUCGAGGCUCUGGCAUGUAUCAGACCCCUCCACGCCCAUUGAUCUCGACAGCCAAGUCGUCUACCCGGACCGUAUCCGCAUUCGGUACCCGUCGCAAGACCCCGACGCGUUCCCGCUGGCACCGCACCUCGACAGCGGCGCCACGGAACGUUGGGUGGACGAAGAGUACCGCAAGAACUACGCGGCCAUCUUCCGGGGCGACUGGCAGGACUGGGACGGCUGGGCGGCCGAUCAUCGCGUUGAUGCCAAGCCCGAUCUAUACCAGACGGGCAUUGCGUGCUCGGCGUGGCGAAGCCUCCAGGGCUGGCUGUCGCUCUCCCAUACCGACACUGGCGAGGGCACGCUCCGCCUGCUGCCGAACCUCAAGGCGUCCGUGGCUUACAUCAUGCUGCGCCCGCUCUUUGAGACGGAGGAGUUCGACGACAGCCUGCCCACGUUCCCCGGCGCGGUCCCCGGUAAUACGCAACUCUUCCCAACCUCUGAGCACCACCCCCACCUUGCCCUCGACGAGGCCAUCAUUGGCAUCCCGCCGGUGCGGCCGGGGGACUACGUCUUUUGGCACUGCGACCUGGUCCAUGGUGUCGACCAGGUCCAUCGAGGACAGGCUGACUCGAGUGUCUUUUACAACGCCUGUAAUCCUCUCACGCCCUACAACGUGCAGUCGCUCGUCUCGACUCGGGCAUCUUUCGAGGCCGGCGAUGUUCCAGUAGACUUUACCAGGUCCCACAAGGGCGAGAGAGAGUACGAGCAUGACGAUUGUGGUGCGAAGAAGGAGCACGUCAUGUGUGAAGCUGGUCUUCAAGCAUUGGGACUUUUACAAUUUGAUGAAUAUGAGGAAGGAAUUACGGAAGGGCAGAAAGACGUGCGCAAGCUGGCGAAUCACAUGCUCGGCCUGUGA